UGGACCAUGGAGGCCCCAAGGUCCUUCGCCCGGGAGUGGAGCGCACAAUCCCUCCCCCUGGCAGUAGGGGGCGUUUUGAAGCUGCGGCUCUGUGAGCUGUGGCUACUGCUACUAGGUUCUAGUUUGAACGCGACAUUUUUGCCACACGAAGAGGACGUAGACUUUAUCAACGAGUACGUGAACCUCCACAAUGAGCUGCGGGGCGACGUCAUUCCCCGAGGGUCUAACUUGCGCUUCAUGACUUGGGAUGUAGCUUUAUCACGGACUGCUAGAGCAUGGGGCAAAAGAUGUGUGUUUGAGCAUAAUAUUUAUUUAGAAGAUGUACAAAUGGUCCAUCCUAAAUUUUAUGGUAUUGGUGAAAAUAUGUGGGUUGGCCCUGAAAAUGAAUUUACUGCAAGUAUUGCUAUCAGAAGUUGGCAUGCAGAGAAGAAAAUGUACAAUUUUGAAAAUGGCAGUUGCUCUGGAGACUGUUCUAAUUAUAUUCAGCUUGUUUGGGACAACUCUUACAAAGUUGGUUGUGCUGUUACUCCAUGUUCAAGAAUUGGACAUAUUAUACAUGCAGCAAUUUUCAUAUGCAACUAUGCACCUGGAGGAACGCUGACAAGAAGACCUUAUGAACCAGGAAUAUUUUGUACUCGAUGUGGCAGACAUGACAAAUGCACAGAUUUUCUAUGCAGUAAGAUAAAGAAAAUAACUUAAACAUGAAAAAAAUGC